CGUCAGUAGUAAGAAUACUUAUUUUACACGACGGUUUGUUUCGAGGCACUUGACCCAAGUACAUGGUUGGAUACAGUCUGUAGAAGUGUCUACAGUAAGUGAUCCAGAAGAAGGGGCGAAAGUGAUGCAAAAUAGAAGAAUUUAACAAUGGCUCCACAUCCUGUCACGCAAGCCAUCAUUGAUCUGUCAGCUGGAGCAUGUGGUGUUGUGCCAUUGAUGUUCAGUGGUGGUUUUGGCGGUGCCUGUCUGUGGUUGGUUGUGUACCCCAUAGACUGUGUGAAGUCUCGCAUCCAGGUUCUGUCUUUAGCCGGGAAACAGGAAGGCUUCCUCAAGACUCUUAUGGGGAUUUUACGAAAUGAGGGAGUGGCGCCUCUGUAUUCCGGUUUGACCCCAACUAUGAUCCGAACAUUUCCUGCCAAUGGAGCACUCUUUUUAGCAUAUGAAGUCAGCCGCAAGAUAAUGAUGCAACAGUUUGAACAAUGAGUCCAGUCUGCAAGAUUCUCUGAAAGAUUCAGCUUUUAAGACCAAUGACUUAUCAUCCAUAUCUGCUGGUCACAUGUUAGCAAACAGGGAAAGCAAUUUAUUUAGUUAAAUCUUCAUUCUUCCAGGAAGUAGCUGAUGCUAUAAAAAUGUUACAAUUCAUUUUGCAUUACUCAACUUAAAUAAUUGUUUUAAAUAUAGUCAUAUAAUACCAGUUCUAUUAGUUAGUGGGCGUACUGGAUUGUGUGAUAUCAUAGGCAGCAAUACUACUGAAUACAGUAUGCAGUACAGGAGACAACACAUAAUGUCAUAAUGCCAAGAAAAGUUUUUCCAUUUAUAUAUAGGUAUAUAUAUCUA